AUGAAUCUGAUUAAGGCAAAGAUAAAUAUGUGCACUAUCAACACAUUCGAAAACGAUGACUCAUAUUUUUAUCAUUUUGAAAUACCUAAAGUAGUCGAAACUGAAUUGAAAUGGAAAAAGGAAUGUUUUAAGGAAAUAAUGAAAGCUGCGGAUCUUAAAGAUAACAAAAAUUGCACAUUCACUGGGGCAAAAUUUCAUAAAGAGAACGAAGUUUUGGUACACAAUGGAAAGGAUAUUGGGCUUUUUGAAGUUGAUAUAAAUCAGUCUAAGACAUGGCAGGUAAUCUCCUUUUGUGAUAUUUCAACCUAA